UAAGUCGUAACGUAAGUCAAAUCGCUUAGUCUAGCGAUCGACAGCGUGGUGGGUUGAUCGACAUUCUAUAAUUAGGUACCAAAACUCGCGACAUACGUAUACCGGCAUGCGUAUUUUUAGUACUGUAUUGGCGUACUAGUAAAACAAUCAAGCUAGUACAACAAACAAGAUUUGGAAAUAAGAAUAUGAUAGAUACUAUGGCUACGGUGACGGUCGGUUUUGGGAUUUGGGAUUACGUCAUUGUUGGCGUGGUCCUGUUGAUCUCCGCCUCCAUUGGGAUUUAUUACAGAUUUACAGGAGGCAAACAGAAAACUGUUCAGGAAUACCUUUUGGCUGAUAAAAAUAUGUCCAUAAUCCCGGUGGCGUUUUCACUGAUGGCCUCCUUCAUGUCCGCCAUCACUAUACUGGGUGUAUCAAGCGAGAACUACACUUACGGAUUUCAAUUCGUCAUCAUCAACGUUUCGCAUUUAAUUUUCACCCCCGUCGCUGUCUAUUUGUACUUGCCGGUAUUUUUUAAGCUGCAAACAACCAGUGCCUACCAGUAUUUAGAAUUACGCUUUGGAAAGACAUCAAGACUGGCUGCCUCCUUAUGUUACACGUUGCAAAUGAUUUUGUACAUGGGUGUAGUGGUUUACGCCCCAGCCCUAGCUUUAGAAGCCCUAAUUGGAAUCAACAGGGUGUCAGCAGUAUUAUCAAUGGGUACAGUUUGUGCAUUUUACUCAACUAUUGGAGGGAUGAAAGCAGUGUUGAUCACGGAUGUUUUCCAAUCACUGCUGAUGUUUUUGGGAGUUUUUAGCGUGAUAGGAGCCGCCUUGUAUCAAUACGGAAGUUUUGGAGAGAUCUGGAGAAUAGCCAGUGAAGGAAACAGGACUGACAUAUGGAAUUUUGAUCCAGAUCCCACAGUAAGACAUUCUUGGUUCACGCUUAUCUUGGGAGGUGGAGUGACAUACCUGUCAUUGUACGGCGUGAAUCAAACCCAAAUUCAACGAUAUUUGACUGUAAAGGAUCUGAAAAGCGCCCAGAAAGCUCUUUGGUUGAAUUGGCCCAUUCUGUUUUGCUUGGGUCUAGCUACGUCCUUUUCUGGAUUGGCUAUUUACUCAAAGUAUGCCCAAUGUGAUCCAGUCAGGGCUGGGUAUAUCAAUAAUACCGAUCAGCUGAUGCCGUACUUUGUUGUGGAUACAAUGGGACAUGUACCGGGUCUUGCAGGAUUAUUCGUAGCGGGAAUUUUCAGUGCAUCUCUAUCAACUAUUUCGGCGGCACUCAACAGUUUAGCUGCUGUAACUAUGGAAGAUUACUAUAAGCCUUUUUACAGAUACUUAGUUGGUCAUGCUCUGUCGCCAAAUAAAGCAGCCAUACAAACAAAAUUACUUGCUCUAUUUUAUGGUGUGAUUUGUGUAGCUGUAGCGUUCCUUGUUCAACAUUUGGGAGGUAUUUUGAGUGCCUCCCUCACCAUUUUUGGAGUAGUUGGAGGACCGUUGUUGGGUAUCUUUACUCUGGGAAUGUUUACUUUAACUGCCAAUGAAAAGGGAUCUAUUGUAGGACUACUUAGUGGACUAUCACUAGGAUUGUGGAUGGGUUUUGGUCCCAAGCCUCCUCCUCAACGUUUACCAACUUCAAUAGAAGGCUGUGAACAAGUUCUGUAUAACAGUACAUUGCUAGUGUCAAAAUCUAAUCAAAUAAAUGACACGGAUUAUAUGUGGUUAUACCGUGUAUCCUACCUCUACAAUGGACUUUUCGGUUUCCUAGUCACUUUUUUAAUAGGUUAUGCCGUGAGUUAUAUUUUCAGGAAAAUCUCUGGAAGAUCGGUGGAUGAAGAAGACUACGACCCGAAACUUUUUGUCUCGUACUUAUCCAGAACGCUCAAGUCAAGGAAGUUAGGAAAUAAGACUUUUAUGCUAGUUAAAAGAGCAGAGUCCUGUGAUAAAAUCAACGAAAACUGCCGUAUUGAGAAAUACAGUAGAGUUGAGAUAAAUUAAUUUCAUAGAGUAAGUAGUUAUAUUUUUAUAUUUUUAAAAAUAAAUUAUUUUUUUAAAAUCC